ACUGCAUUUUUUUAAUAUCACUUAGCGCAUUGUUUCCAUUUAUGUUUCUGUGUUCAGAACAAGUGUCUGCAAGGAUUGUGCAGGAAGUGACUGCAGAGGCAGUGGCGGUGCUAAAGGGAGAGCAGGAAAGUCAAAGGUUGCCUUCAGUUGAAGACACCACCAAUUUACCUCCGUCGCCGCCUCCUUCACCUGCCGCAGAACAAUUUGGGCCUCUUGAACAAGAUGUAGGGGAUGAGGAGGAGGCAGGCCCUCUCCGCCGCUUCCAAAAUUCUCGGGAGAGGUGCAAGUUCCUCGCCCCCUCCAUCUCAGUUUCUGUGCCUGAGGACGACCCCUACCACUCCGACGAGGAGUACUAUGAACACCCCUUGUUCAGCCCAGAGUGGACGCACUCGGGCGCCCGCCCCAUGGGGCAGGCUGUGGUCUUUAGACAGAUUGAAGAAGAGACCAUGGAGGCUCUUACAGCUGAAUACGAGAGGAGGUUGAAGAGGAGGAGGAGGAGGAUGAGGAGGAAAGAGGAAGAGCAGGCAGAGGCCAUAGACAAAGCCCAGGAUCUAGAACUGGUGCUGACAGAGGCAGCUAGUGCUCCGACAGAAAGCUCUAUGGACAGAGAGGAGGAUGAGGAUGAGAAUGAGGAUGAGGAGAAGCAGAGGAUGAGGAGAGCCCUGAGUCAGGUGUGUCCUCCUCUCUGCGCUCACUGCCUGCAUGUUACAGCUUGUCCACUCUAUAUGAAUGCCAGAUAUGUCAAGGGGCAGGAGAAUUUCAGCAUUACUCAGGUGGAAUGGCAAAACGUGGCCCCAUGCACUGCUGUCUGCAAGGCAAACACAGGCUUGUAG